AUGGAGUUCAAUGUCCGUCUGGCUGGAAAUGAAGAUUACCAAGCAGUGCUGGAAAUGUCCAAGGGACAUUAUGAAGGACAUGACAAUGCCCCAUCUUGUUUUAAACAAUGGCUACUAAGGGACAAUAUUACGGUGCUAAUUUCCACUUACCGACAAAAGGCCAUUGGACUCUGUGCAGUAAGCAUUGUCGAUGAGGGUCAAACAUUUUUCUCUCAUGGGCUUAGAAUACACCCACAUUAUAGAGGAAAGGGGUUUGGAACUCAAUUAAUCUUGGCUGUCCGAGAGUUUGUGCGGCAAAAUUAUCCAAGUGUUCUACGCGAAAGAUAUACCACAGGAAACACCCAUCAUGCUAGGCUAGCAAUUGCUGCCAAGACUCAAGAUAAGCUACUGUUUGAGCAAGAUUCCUAUGCAUUUGUCGUAAAGGAUAGAAUUCAGCUAACUAAACUUGACGGCCUAAAUUCCUCUUGUCCGUCCAUGGUAUACAAGUAUGAUGUAGAGAAAUUCAAGAAAGAUUUAGAAAAAAGCCAAGAUUUAUUCAAACAAGGAAUCAUGGUGAUUAACUACGAACCGUAUAAAGCAGUACCAUCAAAUGUUGACCUGUGUAUAGAAGAGGGCGACUGUUUAUUUACUGACAGAACACAAGGACUCUAUCUGCCACAGUCCAACCAACUUCGUUCCUUCAGUCAUGGAUGUAUUGUCCGCGCAGCUAAAUUUACACAGUGGGCUGUGACGGUCUUCACAAAUGACUUGACACUUUUUCAAGGCCAUCUUUUGGUAAACCUCCAAGUUGCCUGUCAGAAUAUUCAGGGAGACAUCAUAUUUCGCAUCAACCAUGAUCGUGACAAGUUCUUAAAAGAAACAGCUGUAAAGUUAUUGCAGGGAACCCUUGGGUUGGAACCGGAGACAACAAGAUUUGAAGACUUCUAUGCUCUGUUAUUUGAAAAGGAACUUUACUGA